AUGCUCCACUCCAACACCACAGAUACUAUGCAACUCUCUGUUGACUUCAGCACUCCAGUGGAUUAUCUCGUCUUUAUUUUCCAGAUUUUAUUCGCCACAGCUGUGGUGCUCAUAGCCGGCACUGUAGUAAUCGGGAUCCUGGCCACAAAAGCGCUUCGUCUUCAAAACAGAUUCAUUUUUAUGCUGAACACCAGUGUUUGUGAUACGCUGGUCGGACUGUCAGUGUAUUACCUUGGCCUGUUUGACGUUAGGGAGGCGUACCCGUCGAGAAACGGAACAAAAAAUUUCUUACCUGCACUUCUUGGGGUAAAUGUCAUGACUUUUUUAUUUGCACAAUUUGACCGAUAUUUUGCUGUUUGUCACCCUUUUAUCUACGCCCGCUUUAUUACCAGGCGGGUAAUUAUAAUCGUGAAUGUUUCCUGUUGGGUUUAUGUCUAUUCUCAUUGGCUCAUUUCUAGUUUAUUACCAAAAUCUACAGCAAUCAAAAUGUAUGUUUUCAGCAUCGCCGGUUUGCAAAUUAUUGUGUUCGCCAAAGUGGUCAUGACUAUUAAAUUGUACUUUGUUGCCAAGUGGCAGCUUGACCGAGACCCACCUAGCGCCGAGAGAGAAACCAAAAGGGAGUCACUGAAAAUCAUGAUUUUUGUCGUGAUAUUCUUUUUGCUGUUAUGGGGCCCCUCGUUUGUCAAUAUUAUCCUCAGACUGAUGGCAGGUAAAGGUUUGACGUUCAGAAACGAAGCCACCAACCUGUUCGCCAUCAUGGCUCGUUGUAACGCGGUGUGCACACCAGCGGUGUAUGUGUGGGGCAGCCCGGCUCUGAGAGGAGCCAUGGUGAGGACGGUGUGGGGCAGAGUGUGUCCGCUGUGCAGAGAAGGGAAGGCAAGAGGCAGGAAAACACAUGCAAACUGCAUGUAA